ACCUCAAUGCCAUGCACAUCCCCACUGGCUCCAGAGGCGCUUAGGUUCGAGUGUCGGCUUCCUUUCACGGUCCCUAGUGGGUCUGCUGCAGCGUCUGUCGCGCUGUGAUCUAUACUGGUCGUGGGAGCCGUAGGAAGGACUCAGGGAGACCCAGGAAAUAGAAAUGGACUCAGUGGCCUUUGAGGAUGUGGCUGUGACUUUCACCCUGGAGGAGUGGGCCUUACUGGAUCCUUCACAGAAGAAACUCUAUAGAGAUGUGAUGCGGGAAACCUUCAGGAACCUGGCUUCAGUAGGAAAGAAAUGGGAAGAUCAUGACAUUGAAGAUCAGUACAAAAACCAGGGGAGAAAACGAAGAAGUCCAAUGUUAGAGAGAGCCUGUGAAGGUGAAAAGAGUCAUCAAUAUGGAGAAAAUUUCAGCCUUAUUCCAAAUCUCAGUCUGAAGAAGAAAACUCUUCUUGAAGUAAAACCAUGGGAACAUAGUAUGUGUGGAAAAGUCUUUGUGCAUCAUUCAUCCCAUAACAUGCACAUCAGAUAUCACAUUGAACACAAGCCAUAUGAGUAUCACAAUUAUGGAGACAAGCUAUAUAAUUAUGACAUACGUGGCAGAGCCUUCAGUUAUCUCCAGUGUUUUAACAAACAUGAAAGAAAUCACAAUGGAGAGAAAACCUAUAAAUGUAAGGAGUGUGGGAAAACCUUUAGUUCUUCAACUUCACUUCAAAUACACGAAAGAUCCCACACUGGAGAAAGACCCUAUGAAUGUCAACAAUGUAGUAAAGCUUUCAGUUGUCUCAGUUCUCUUCGACGUCAUGAAAAAAUUCACACUGGAGAGAAACCCUAUGAAUGUAAGGACUGUGGAAAAGCCUUCAGAUAUUAUCAAAAUUAUCGAAGACAUGAAAGUAAAUUCAUUGGAGAGAAGCCCUAUGAAUGUAAGGAAUGUGGAAAAGCUUUCAUAUGUUAUCAAAGUUUUCGAAGACAUGAAAGAAAUCAUGGUGGAGUGAAACCAUAUGUAUGUAAGGAAUGUGGCAAAACAUUCAGUUGUCUACGUUAUCUUCGAAAACAUGAAAGAAAUCACACUGGAAAGAAACCCUAUGAAUGUAAAAAAUGUAGUAAAGCAUUUAGAUAUCCCAGUGAUCUUCAGAAACAUGAGAGAAAUCAUACUGGAGAGAAACCCUUUGAAUGUAUGGAAUGUGGUAAAGCCUACAGAGAUUACAGUUCCUUACAAACACAUGAAAAAACUCAUACUGGAGAGAAACCCUUUGAGUGUAAGGAAUGUGGUAAAGCUUUCAGUUCUCAUCAAUGUGUUCAAAUCCAUGAAAGGAAUCACACUGGAGAGAAACCCUAUGAAUGUAAAAUAUGUAGCAAAACAUUUGGUUAUCCCAGUUCUCUUCGAUAUCAUAAAAGAACACAUACUGGAGAGAAAUCCUAUGAAUGUAAAGAAUGUGAUAAAGCCUAUAGAUACCUCAGUUCCUUACGAAUACAUGAACGAAUUCAUACCGGAGAGAAACCUUAUGAAUGUAAGGAGUGUGGGAAAGCCUACAGAUGUUAUCAAAGUUUUCAAACACAUGAAAGUAAUCACACUGGAGAGAAACCAUAUGUAUGUAAAAAAUGUAGUAAAGCAUUUAGUUGUCUCCAUUAUCUUCGAAAACAUGAAAUAAAUCACACUGGAAAGAAACCCUAUAAAUGUAAAAAAUGUAAUAAAGCAUUUAGGUAUCCCAGUGAUCUUCAAAAACAUGAAAAAAAUCACACUGGAGAGAAACCCUUUGAAUGUAAGGAAUGUGGUAAAGCCUACAGAGAUACCAAUUCCUUACAAAUGCAUGAAAAAACUCAUACUGGAGAGAAACCCUUUGAGUGUAAGGAAUGUGGAAAAGCCUUCAGAUGUUAUCAAAGUUUUCAAACACAUGUAAGAAAUCACACUGGAGAGAAACCAUAUGUAUGUAAAAAAUGUAGUAAAGCAUUUACUUGUCUCCGUUAUCUUCGGAAACAUGAAAGAACUCAUACUGGAGAACCCUAUGAAUGUAAACAAUGUGGAAAAGUCUUCAUUUAUCACACAAUCUUUUGAAAAUGUGAAAAUGUACACUGGAGAAAAAUCUUAUUAAAAUGUGCAGAAUGUGGAAAGUCUUCAAUUAUCCCAGUUUCCUUCAAAAGCCUAAAAGAACUCACUGCAUAAAAACUUUUGUAAACAGCAUGGGAAAGACUUGAAUUGGUCCACAUUCUUACAAGUGAAAAUUCCCCCACCAAAAAAGAAAGUAAAAUGUAAGUAAUGUGAAAAGGCUUGAUAGAAAUUAAUCCACAUGUAAUGUACCAGAAAGUUUUCAAUGUGAAAGAAUUUUCUUUGAUGUUGUAAAUAUAGUGUUUAUUGAACCUCUUUUUAUAGUGCAUCAUUGGACUGUGGAUUUCUACUAAUUACUUUCAGAAAUGAAUAUUCACAUGAGAUAAUGAGAGUUGUCUUUCAUUAAUAGUACAUAAUAUUAAUAGGUAAUGCUUUUUGCUUAAAGCAUUUAAUAAUAUUUCUCUCCAUUUUGAAACCUGUUAGAUACGUGGCAAAAUUGAAGUGUACUUUUUAUAUACAGUUAGGUUAACUAUUUUUUAUAAUUUUUUUUUGUUCUCUUUUAGGGGGCCAUUGAAAAAUGACAUUUAGGUAUUUGGAUUUUCCUAGUGGCCUGUAGCAGUUCUCUAUAUCCCUAGUUCAUUAUAUAGAUUCUGUCUUUCCCUCUGACAAAACUACUUUUUUGAGGUGAUGGGUAUAGGAGCGUUUUUCUAAAAAGUUGGAAUAAAUUUUAUGUAUAGAAAGUUUAGGAAAAAAUACAGUUAUAUGUGAAUUAUUUUCAUAUUUGACCCUUUGCUUUUUGUCCUUCCUUUGGGCUAAUAUUUUGUGAGUAGACUUUGAAAUAAGAAAAGGGACCUGUGAUAGGGCAACAGAAUCUAGAGCUGGAGAUUUUCCCUCCCAUUGAGUAAUGGUAGGAGUUUGAUUUUCAGAAUCCAUCUCUUUUAUGGUUCUUGGUAGUCUUCAUUAAUGGCCUCACUUGCGUGAGAUUUGGAAGGCAAAAACAAAGAAGAUUUUAGUCAGAUUUUGAAGCCGCCCAUUCACACAGACAGAUACGAGUUGUGAUCAAACAAUACAGUGAAUGUUUAAAUAAAAAAAUUAUUACAGUAAAAGACACAUUGCCAUUAAUCCCCC